AUGCUUGUUAAUGAUAACUGUGAUACUAUUGUCCUAACUCUCUCUCUCUCUCUCUCUUUUCUUCCAUCAUACAGGGCAAUGUCUCCUGAUGGUGAAGCUAUUGUUACAGGGCAGGAGAUGGACACUCAGCAUCUGGAGUUUUUAUUUUUUCUUACCCUUUGUCUAUUUCCAUUUCUUUCCUUUCUUUUCUUUCUUUUCUUUUCACUGAUUGGGAUUCUUUCUUUCCUUUUCAGACGUCCCUUGUUUUUUAUUCUUUUUUCCUUUUUUUAUACCACCACAAAGACGGUCAUCUCGUCUGUCCGUUUCUUUGACAUUAUUUUCUUCUUCUUGAAAAAACAAUUAUUCCGGUUGCUUUUUUCUAUAAAUACCAUUUUUGUCAAGACUUGUCUUCUUCUUCCCUUUCUUUCUUCUUUUCUUCUCUUCUCUUCUUCUUUUUUCUUCUUUCUUUUCUUUCUAAGAUUCUUCCUUCUUGUUGUUGUUCUUCUUCUUCUUCUUCUUCUUCUUUUCUUUUUUAAAGCGAAUAGUCCUUUUCUUUUCUUUUCUUCUUAUUCUUUCCCGAUUCUUUUUCUUCUAUCUUUCCUUCAUUCUCGUUCUUCCUUCUUGUUUGUUGUUCUUUCUUCUUCUUCUUCUUUUUUAAAAGUUCUUCUUCUUCUUCUUUUUUUUUUGUCUUAUCUCUUUUUCUUUUUCAUUCUUAAUCUUUCCUUCUCUCUCUGUCUUCUUUCUUGUUGUUCGAAUAGUCCCUUUUCUUUUCUUUGUCUCCUUAUCUUCGAUUCUUUUUUUUCUCUUAAUCUUUCCUUCAUUUCUCGUUUUUCCUUCUUGUUGUUGUUGUUCUUCUUCUUCUUCUUCUUCUUCUUUUUUCUUUCUCCUUUUCUUUUUCCUUGUUUUUUCUUCUCUUCUUCUUUUUCUUUUCUUCUUCAUCAUUCUCUUCUUCCUUCUUGUUCUUGUUCUUCUUCUUCUUCUUCUUCUUCUUUUUUCCUCCUUCCCCCCAUUUUUUUUUCUUUUAUCAUUCUUUUCUUCUUUUUCUUCUUCUUCAUUCUCGUUCUUCUUCUUCUUGUUGUUGUUGUUCUUCUUCUUCUUCUUUUUCCUUUUAGUUAUUUUUCUUUCUUUUUCUUCUUCUCAUCUCUUCUUUUUCUUCUUAAUCUUUCCUUCAUUCUCCUUAGUCCUCUUUUCUUUUUUUCUGUUUUAUCACUCGAUUCUUUUUUUUUAUUCUUUCCUUCAUUCUUGUUCUUCCUUUCUUCUUGUUGUUCUUUCUUCUUCUUCUUCUUCUUUGUUUUUCCCUUUUCUUUUUUUUUGUCUCUUAUCCUCUUCUUUUUUUUUCUUUUCUCUUCUUCUUCUUCUUCUUUCUUCUUCUUGUUGUUUAUGUUCUUCUUCUUUAAUUCUUUUUCUUCUUCUUCUUCUUCUUCUUUUUCAUAUUCUUUUCUUUUUUUUGUUUUUCUUCUUCCUUCUUCUUCGUUUCUUCUUCUUCUUUUUUUUCUUUUCCCUUCUUCCUUUUCUUUUUUUUUGUGUCUUCUCACUCGAUUCUUUUUCAACUUCUUCUUCUUUUCUUCUUCUUCUUCGUUCUUCCUUCUUGUUCUUGUUGUUCUUCUUCUUCUUCUUCUUCUUCUUCUUAAAAGUCCCUUUUACCCCCUUUUCUUUUCUUCUUCUUUGUUCUUCUUUUUCAGUUCUUCUUCUUCUUUUUCUUCUUUCUUUUCUUCUUCUUCCUUCUUUCUUGUUCUUUUUCUUCUUUAUCUCUUCUUCUUUUUCAAGCAGAUAUCUUCUUCUUCUUCUUCUUCUUUUGUUGUUUUUUUCUUCUUCUUCUUCUUCUUCUUCUUCUUUUUCUUUUCUUUGUUUUUUCUUCUUCUUCUUCUUCCUUCUUUUCUUUCUUCUUCUUCUUCUUCUUCUUUCUUCUUCUUGUUGUUUCUUCUUCUUCUUCUUCUUCUUCUUCUUCUUCUUUCUUCUAAGUCUUUUUUUUCCCUUUUCUCUUCUUCUUCUUCUUCUUUUUUCCUCUUCUUUUCUUCUUGUUUUUCUUCUUCUUCAUUUCCUUCUUUUUCUUUCUUUUUUUUUUUUCUUGUUCUUCUUUCUUUCUUCUUCUUUUUUUGUUGUUGUUGUUCUUCUUCUUCUUCUUUUUUUUCCCUUAUUUUUCCUUCUUUUCUUCUUCUUCUUCUUUUUUUUAAAAGUCUUCUUCUUCUUUCUUCUUCUUCUUUCUUUUCUUGUUCUCCUUCUUCUUCUUCUUUUUUUCUUCUUCUUCCCUUUUCUUUUUUUUGUUCCUUAUUCUUCUUCUUCUUUUUCUUCUUUGUAAUCUUUUCUUUCUUUUCUUCUUCUCUUGUUCUUGUUCUUCUUGUUCUUCUUCUUCUUCUUCAAAGUCUUUUGUUCCUUUUCUUUUUUUCUUCUCCUUCUUCUUUUUUUUUUUUUAUUUUUCUUCUUCUUCUUUUUCUUCUUCUUUUCUCCUUCUUCCUUGUUGUUGUUGUUCUUCUUCUUCUUCUUCUUCUUUUUCAUUCUGUUGUUGUUGUUCUUUUCUUCUUCUUCUUCUUCUUCUUCUACUCGAUUCUUUUUCAGCCACGUUUCUUUUUCUUCUUCUCUUCUUCUUCUUCUCCUCUUGUUUUGUUCUUCUUCUUCUUCUUCUUCUUCUUCUUCUUCUUCUUCUUUUUGUUCUUCUUGUUCUUCUUCUUCUUUUUUCUUGUUUUUCCAUUUCUUUUAAUCUUCUUCUUUCUUCUUCUUCUUCUUCUUUUUCUUGUUGUUGUUCUUCUUCUUCUUCUUCUUCUUCUUCUUUUGUUGUUCUUCUUUCUUCUUCUUCUUCUUCUUCUUCUUCUUCUUCUUUCUUUUCUGUUUUUUCUUCUUCUUCUUCUUCCCUUGUUGUUGUUCUUUUCUUCUUCUUCUUCUUCUUCUUUUCUUCUUUCUUUUUGUUCUUGUUGUUCUUUUUUCUCUUCUUUUCUUGUUGUUGUUGUUCCCUUUUUCUUCUUCUUCUUUCUUCUUCUUCACUCUUCUUCUUCUUCCUCUUCUUCUUCUUCUUCUUCUUCUUCUUCUUUUUUUGUUGUUGUUCUUUUCUUCUUCUUCUUCUUCUUCUUUUUUAAUCCUCUUUGUUCUGUUCUUCUCUUCUUCUUUGUUUCUUGUUGUUCUUCUUCUUCUUUUUUUCUUCUUCCUCUUCUUCUUCUUGUUCUUCUUCUUUCGAUUCUUUUUUUUUUCUUCCUUCUUCUCGUUCUUCCUUCUUCUUGUUUUUUCUUCUUCUUCUUCUUCUUCUUCUUCUUUGUUCUUAUCUUCUUGUUUUUUCAGUCCUUUCUUCUUCUUCUUCUUGUUCUUCCUUUUGUUGUUGUUCUUCUUCUUCUUCUUCUUUUAAAAGCUUCUUCUUUUUCUUUUUCUUCUUUCUUCUUCUUUUUUGUUGUUGUUGUUGUUGUUCUUUUCUUCUUCUUCCCUUCUUCUUCUUACCUCCUCUUCUUCUUCUUCUUCUUCUUCUUUUCUUGUUCCCUUUUUUUUUCUUCUUCUUCUUCUUUCUUUUUUCUUCUUACUUCCUUCAUUCUUCUUCUUUCUUCUUCUUCCUUGUUGUUGUUGUUCUUCUUCUUCUUCUUCUUCUUCUUUUUUCUUCUUCUUCCUCCUUUCUUCUUUCUUCUUCAGCCUUCUUCUUCUUCUUCUUCUUCAUUCUUUUUGUUUCUUGUUCUUCUUCUUCUUUUUCUUCCUCUUCUUUUUCUUCCUCUUCUUUUUCUUCUCUUUUCUUCUUCUUUUUUCUUCCACUUUGUUUUUUCAUUCUUCUUCUCUUCUUCUUCUUCUUCUUUUCUUCUUGUUCUUCUUCUUCUUCUUCUUCUUCUUCCCUUUUUUUUUUUCUUUGUUCUUAUUUUCUUCUUCUUCUUUCUUUCUUCAAAGUUCUUUUUUUUCUUCUUCUUCUUCUUCUUCCCUUUCUGUUGUUGUUGUUCUUCUUCUUCUUCUUCUUCUUCUUCCCUUUUCUUCUUCCAUUUAUUCUUUUUCUUCUUCUUCUCUUCUUCUUUUUUUCUCUUCAAUAGUCCCUUUUCUUUUCUUUUUCUUAUCUUCUUCUUCUUCUUUUUUUUCAAAGUCUUCUUUUCUUCUUCUUCUUCUUCUUCUUUGUUGUUGUUGUUGUUGUUCUUCUUCUUCUUCUUCUUCUUCUUCUUCUUCCUUUCUUUUCUUUUUCUUAUCCUUGUUUUCUUCUUCUUCCACCAAAUAGUUCCUUUUUUUUUUUUCUUUCUUUUUCUUCUUCUCGAUUCUUUUUUUUUUUAUUCUUUCCUUCAUUCUUCUCUUCUUCCUUCUUGUUGUUGUUCUUUCUUCUUCUUCUUCUUCUUCUUCUUCUUCUUCUUCUUCUUUUCUUUUCUUUUUUCUUUCUCACUCUUCUUCUUUUUCAGUUUGUUCUGUUUCCUUCUUCUUCUUCUUCUUCUUCUUCUUCUUCUUCUUCUUCUUCUUCUUCUUUUUAAAGUUCUUCUUCUUUUCUUUUCUUUUGUUUUCUUAUUCACUUUUCUUUUUCAUGCCACGUCUUCUUCCUUCUUCUCUUCUUCUUCUUCUGUUGUUGUUCUUCUUCUUCUUCUUCUUCUUUUUUCUUCCUUCUUUUUCUUUUGUUGUUCUUCUUCCUCUUUUUCUUCUUCUUCUUCUUCUUCUUUCUUUCUUGUUUCUUUUCUUCUUCUUCUUCUUUUCGUUCUUCUUCUUUUCUUUUUUUCUGUUGUUGUUCUUCUUCUUCUUUUUCUUCUCUUCUCUUCUUUUUCUUCUUCCUUUUUCUUUUCUUCUUCUUCUUCUUCUUCUUCUUUUUCUUCUUGUUUUCUUCUUCUUCUUCUUCUUCUUCUUGUUGUUCUUUGUUCUUCUUCUUCUUCUUCUUUUUCUUCUUUUUCUUUGUUGUUUCUCUUUUCUUCUUCUUUUCUUCUUCUUUGUUGUUGUUCUUCUUCUUCUUCUUUUUCUUCUUCUUCUUCUUCUUCUUCUUCUUCUUCUUUUCUUUUUCUUCUUCUUCUUUUUCUUCUUCUUCUUCUUCUUUCUUCCUUGUUGUUGUUGUUUUUGUUCUUCUUCUUCUUCUUCUUUUUUCUCUUUUUCUUUUUUUUUUUCUUCUUCUUUCUUUUUUUUGUUUCAUUGUUCUUCCUUCUUCUUCUUCUUCUUCUUCUUCUUCUUCUUCUUUUUAAAUUUCUUCUUCUUUUUCUUUUUUUUUUCUUUUUUCUUUUCUUCUUUCUUCUUCUUUCUUCUUCUUGUUGUUGUUGUUUCUUCUUCUUCUUCUUUUUUUCUUUUUCCUCCUCUUGUUGUUUUUUUUUCUUUUCUUCUUCUUCUUCUUCUUUUUUGUUCUUUUCUUCUUCCUUCUUCUCGUUCUUCUUUGUUCUUGUUGUUGUUCUUCUUCUUCUUCUUCUUCUUCUUCUUCUUACCCUUCCUUUUCUUUUUCCUUCUUCUCUUCUUCUUCUUCUCCUUGUUUUUUCAAAGUUCUUCUUCUUCUUCUUCUUCUUCCUUCUUGUUCUUGUUCUUUCUUUCUUCUUCUUCUUCUUCUUUUUCCCCUGUUGUUUAGUCCUCUUCUUCUUUUCUUUUCUUCUUCUUCUUCUUCUUUUUUCAGUAUCUUCUUUUUUCUUCAUUCUCUUCUUCUUCCAUUCUUGUUUGUUGUUGUUCUUCUUCUUCUUCUUCUUCUUAAAGCCUUGUUCUUUACUCUUUUUUGUUUCUUCUUCUUCUCCUUGUUUUUGUUGUUGUUCUUCUUCUUCUUCUUCUUCUUCUUCUUCUUUUCUUGUUGUUGUUCUUUUCUUCUUUUUCUUCUUCUUUUCUUCUUCUUAUUAUUCUUCUUCUUUCUUCUUCUUUUCUUACCUUCUUCUUCUUCUUUUCUUCUUCUUCUUCUUCUUCUUUACUUUUUUUCUUUUCUUCCAUUCUUGUUGUUGUUGUUGUUGUUGUUGUUGUUGUUGUUCUUCUUCUUCUUCUUCUUCUUCUUCUUCUUCUUCUCUUUCCCUUCCCACUCUUUCACUUCUUUCCCUUCUACUUCUUCUAUUUCUCCAUUCAUUGCCUCCUCAUCUGCACAAAAUCAAUCCCUACUUUUCCUCUUUUUUUUUCUUGUCCAUAAAUCUACCCUUGAAAUGUCUCCACCCGUUCUUCACUCCACCCUCAAUAUCGAUCUUUCUCUCUCGUCUCUCGCUCUCUUUUCUUUGCUCUUUCGAAUACACAUUCUUGCUUUCAAUUCUAUCUGUGGAAAUCGCUGAUGUUAAUGGACUCGAUCUAACAAAAGUGUUGCAACUGAGACUCCACGGGGAUUUAUAA